UAAAAAAUAAACAUGAACUGUUUACAAAACGCGUAUUGUUGGAAAAUUUUCAGGAUUCGGUGCCCCUCGUGACGUCAUCGAUAAGAUUAAAGCUGAAAAUUUGGCCGAAAUUACAGACGCUGAAAAGAUAAAGAGUUUAAAGCAAUCGACUUGGCUUCAGUCCGGCACUAACAAAUUCGCAUCACAAAAAGGACAGACCGGAUUUGGAUCACCACGGGAUGUCAAUUACAAAACAAAAGGAACAGGAGGUGCAAGCGAGGUACCCGAGGAAAAAGCUCGGGCAACAGACGGCAUUGUGCCACUGCAGUCCGGUACAAAUAAAUUAGCGUCCCAGGCUGGAAUGACUGGUAUGGGCAUGCCGAGAAUCGUCGAUGGUGCGCAUUUUUAAUU